UGCACGCAAGCGCAUCGCAGCGUCUCCCGGGAGUCUGGCUCAUUCCCAUCUGAAGCCUCCAGACAGGGAAGCCGCCCCGCCGUCAAAAUGUCCAUCCACACCUACCGGCUCUACAGCCCCAUAUACGAGGAUUGCGACGAAAACAGGGUCUGCCGCUAUCCGCAAGACCUCUUUAAGGAAUCAGAAAUCAACAGCUUGAGGAACGCUUACUUCGAUAUUGGCGUGCUGGCAUUUGCUAUUGGAAUGAUAGUGACUUUCUGCAUCCUGCGAUCGGACAAGCUGUCUGGGCUGAGCCGCUACCAGAAUUUGCUGCCGCUCUUCACGGCGGUUACAUUCCGCCGGUCGACCUACACAGUGGCGAACACCUUAACCAUUGGCUACUUGUUUGAAUUUAUGAACCAAUUUAUUUCGCUGUGCAAAUUACUCGGUUUUAUUGAUACAUUUCUUUCCGUCUUCGAGAUUGAGUCUCUGACCCACCUCUGCAUUGAAAGAUUCAUCAACGCUUACUACACCCAGCAAGGAUGGCCCAUCCCCGACUGGCAUAAUACCCUAUUUUUCAGCAUCUCCUUUGGGCUGGCAUGCCUUUACUCAAUAUUGCCAAUGAUUGGCAUCGGCGUAGGCUAUGGAAAAGACUUUGAUUGCAAGCACUGCACAAUGGAUCUGAAACUUCCAGAAAACGGAAUACUCGCAAACAUUUUUAUUGCGCUUUUUGCUCUGAUGUACUUCAAACCGUUUCUUGUUAUGUUUGGCUCUAUAAUGUACACUAAGUAUUUGGAAGCGUACAAACUGAAAAAAUACGACGAAUACCAGGCUACAUUUACAGAUGCCGUCAUGGUAAUGGCGAUGGUUAGCUUCGGAUUCUGGGUGCCGCUCAUUUCCAUACGCUAUGGAGUGAUACACAAUCAGAUCAUGUUCGACUCGAUGGCCUUCUUCUUCACCCCGUACCUUGUUAAGACGGCCUUGGUGAUGAACUACGUGGCUCCCGUGCUUGGAAUUGGCGCCUUCGCUCUGAAAGACUCGCCCCUUGCAGCCAAAGUGAUGAAUUUGUUCUGGGAUCGCCCUGAUGAAGAAGAUCUCCGCCGCCAGGGCCGCCUCAGGCGCAACUAAAUAAAUCCCCACCCCNCCUACCACGCACUAACACGAGAAAGGAGGUGGAUUUACCAUAUCUCUGAUCUCCUAAUAAUAUAGUACAGGGUAAUUCUACUUUUUGAUACUAUGUAGGUAGGUACUUUUAAAUUUAUCAUAUCAAUUAUUUUUAAAACCUUAUACGAAUUAACCCACAUUAAUAUUUUUUAUAUCCCUAUACUGUACAUUUUACCUUGUUAAUUUAUUUUAGAUAUUUCAAAGCUUCCUCAUUUUAUUGGUUCGAGUUUGAAACAAAAAAGUAGAAUACGUCCCUGUAUUUGUACUGUAACUGCUCACAGUAAUAGUUGUAAGUAAGUGUUGUUUUUUGAACUCAAUCUCAAUGUGAUUAUUCAAUAAGUAAUAGUAAGUAAGCAAACAUAGGUAGGUACGAGUAAACUAAGUUUUUUGGCGUAACUGAAACGGUUCUAAAACCGCACGUCAGGUUAAAAAUAGCUUACUUGUUGAAUCCAAUCGAGGGUAUACGUCCAUUUCAUAAAGUUGGUUAUAUUUUUUCAAAAGGUUCUGAUUUUAAAUCAAAAUAAAAUACGGUUUGACAUGUUAUCAAUUCCGAUAUAUUUCAAUUAAUGUUAGGUAUAUGCAUAACAUCAAUGUACAAGUAGCGCAUUAGAUGCACAAGAUCAACAAUAAUAUAAUAUAGAGACAUAGAUUUGUACGAAGGAUAUCGACGACUCGCAGUUUAGUC